UUCUGUUCCUGUUAAUGGUUCUCGGCCAAAUUGAAGAUUCAUUUUUUGAAAUGCACUUUUGAAUAGAAACUAGUCAAAUACAAUGAUGGUGACCUGCUGAAACCUUCCAUCUCCUUCAAGAUGCACGGUUGAGCGUGCAGCCAUGCAGGCUUCUCAUCCUCUGGCACCGCACCACAUCUGUUGUCUUGGCUUGGCUCGCUGUUCUGCGGGAUGUGCAAACUGGGGGUGGGGGGUGGGGGGACGUUUCUGCACACCUCUUGAGUUUCUUCAAAGAGCUGCAGAGAAACACAGGGGAGGAGGGACUGAGGGAGAUCAUCACACGGAGUGUGGGGCAGAGAGGCGAAAAUCACCCGCGUCCUCCGCUCGUCGGGAAGCCGCUGCUGCUCGGAUCCAUCUGCCUCGGCCCCUUGGAUGUGACGGGAUCGGGGGGAAAAAAUGCUGAAGUUCUUCUCCGCGCGGGAUGACGAGAACGAAAGCCUCCUGGGGGCGAUAACGGAGGAUGAAGGAGACAAUCCAUCUCUUCAGGACACCAAGCAUCACUGGCUGAACAGACCGUGCCUGCUUGUGCUCAAAGAUGGGGACGUGUCCAAACCUGGAUUGGGCUGCGGACAGAUCAGGCCAGAGUCGCCUUCCAAGCCUGCUUCAGAUGCAGCGGUCAUGACCACUCUGGUGCCGUGUGAGCUGGAACCACCUGAGCAUCCUGCCAAAACUGCUUCACCCUCCCAGCUGGAAGAGGGCAGCUGCACUGUGACGGCCAUCUCCUCGUGGGGCGAGGGGUGUUUCGGGGAGUCAUCCGGCCCCCUGGUGCUGAGCCCAGCUGAAGCUGCGUGGCCGGAGGAUGAGGCCGAGGUGGAGGAGGAGAAACCCCAGACCCCCCAGUCGAAGGAGGACUCUGUUAUUGAGGAGAAGGAGCUGGAGGAGAGCGGGCAGCAACCAGAGCCCUGCAGCUCGGAGGCAGCUGCAGCACCUUCUGCUCUUUCACACGAGGAGGCAUGUGGCAGGGUGUCCGGGGAGCUUCAGAGUCAGUCCAAGAAGACCCAAUCUAACAAAAGAGAUGAGCCCAACAGCAGCAAGGCCCAGGCAGGCAGUGAGGAGGGAGCAACGGGAGACUCUGCAAUUUCCCCUGGGGAUCCUGAUAAUGACAGCCAGCCGAGCCCCGCUGGUAUUCUGUCCAAGGAUCGAGGCAGCGUCCUCGGGGAGGUGGCACCAGUGUGGAUCCCUGAUGCUCAGGCACAGGUCUGCAUGAAGUGUGGGUUAAAGUUUACAUUUACUAAGAGGAGGCACCACUGCCGUGCCUGUGGGAAGGUAUUCUGCGCACUUUGCUCCAAUCUGAAGUUCAGACUUACACAUCUGGAUGGCAAGGAGGGACGAGUUUGUGUUUGCUGUCACUCAGCCCUCAUCAAAGACGUUGUCUCCUCAGGGACACCCCCGAGGGGAAAAAGGAGGGUGUGGUUCGCCGAUGAAAUCCUCACCAGUAAGCAGUCGGAGUCUGCUCCCACCACGCCAGUCCGAGGGCCGACGUUCUCACCGCUGAUGAGACGAGCGCUGGGCGAGCAGGUCAAAAGUCCCGUGGGUUCGCCACAGAUCAGGAGAGCCUCGCGGCCAGAUCGGACAUCUAUCAGUGAGGCCUGUGGUCCUUAUGGCUGGGGCACCACGGCUUUAGUGAGCAGCUCUGCCAACCUCAUCCCCCUGGAUGGCCUGCCUCCCAUCCUCACCUCCACGGGAGUUAAGGGAGAUUACACAGUGGAGGAGCAACCCUCGGAGAUGCUGCUUAUUCAGGAGCUGGAGAGCAGUAGGCCAAGGCCCCUGGUAUUCGUCCUCAACGCAAACCUACUCGCUAUGGUUAAGCUGGUCAACUAUGUUAACAGGAAGUGCUGGUGCGUGACCACAAAGGGAAUGCAUGCUGUGGGCCAGGUGGAGGUGGUGGUGCUGCUGCAGUGCCUGCCUGAAGAGAAAACCUUCCCCAAAGACAUUUUCAGCCACUUCGUCCAGCUGUACAGGGACACGCUCACAGGGAAGGUUGUCAAACACCUGUCACUCUCCCUGUUUGGCAGCACUUUCCUCGGCAGCGAGGAGCAUGCAGGCUUCCUGUAUGUUCACUCCACUCUCCAGUCCCUCCAAGGUCUACCUCUGCCAAACCAGCCCUACCUCUUCGGCCUGCUGGUCCACACAGCGGAGGUGGCCUGGGCCAAAGCCUUUCCCUUGCGUCUCAUGCUGCGACUGGGGGCCGAGUACAGAUUUUACCCUUGCCCUUUGUACAGUGUGCGCUCUAGGAAGCCCUUGUUUGGGGAAAUUGGUCACACCAUAAUGAGACUAUUAGUGGACUUUAGGAAUUACCGUUACAGCCUACCAGUGGUGCCGGGGCUCACUGUGGAUCUAGAGGCUCAGACGACCUGCAUAAAGAUACCUACCUCUGGGUAUAAUGAGCUUAUGAAGGCUUUGAAUAAGUCCAAUGAGCACGUGCUGGCCAUUGGGGCGUGCUUCAAUGAGACUGCAGACUCCCACCUCAUCUGUGUGCAAGCAGACAGUGGCCAAUACCAGACCCAGGCCAUCAGCAUCCACAACCAGCCACGCAAAGUAACUGGAUCCUGCUUUUUUAUAUUCAGUAGUGCUCUGAAGGCGUCUGCAGGAUACCUGGCCAAGUCCAGCAUUGUAGAAGACGGGCUAAUGGUGCAGAUCACCGUGGAAACCAUGGCAGAGCUCCGCCGGUCACUACGGGAGAUGAAAGACUACACUGUCACCUGUGGACGGCUUGACCAAUCAGAGAGCCAGGAGCUUGUUUGUGUACAGUGGGUGGAGGAAAAGUACACUGUGAAUAAAGGAGUUAUUAGUCCCAUCGAUGGGAAAUCCAUGGAGUCCAUCAGCAGCACCAAGAUGUUCCAGAAGUCAGAGUACAAAGAAAAUGGGAAGAUCAUCCGCUGGACAGAAGUGUUCUUCCUGCAGACGGGGGAUAAUCCCAAAGGGGGAGCGAGUGACUCUGCAGAACACAACCGGCUAACGGAGCGGAUUGCCCGAGCCUUCUGCUUGGCACUGUGUCCACACCUCAAACUGCUGAAAGAGGACGGGAUGGCCAAACUGGGACUGCGUGUCACGUUUGACUCUCAAGAGGUGGGAUUCGUGGCUGGGAGCAACGGGCAGCCCCUCCCAGCUCGGUACCUUAACGCCCUGGACAGCGUGCUGAUCCCCGUCAUACACAGCAGGGGGCACAAGAGGGGCGACGAGCCCAUCGUGAUGGAGCUCAUCUUUUACAUCCUGGAGAACAUCACUUAGACCACACACACACACACACACACACACACACACACACACACACACACACACACACACACACACACACACACACACACACACACACACACACACACACACACACACACACACACACACACACACACACACACACACACACACACACACACACACACACACACACAACCAUUAUAAUCUUUUCAACCCUGACCACAACUCUGUCUCUGGCCCGUCUCAUCAGCGCUGCCAUCGGUUUCAGGGCAAGUAUAGCAUUCAAAGGGCGAACCGGACCACACCCAAGGCCUGCAUCCAUCUCAUCCACCCUCGAGUAGAGAUAAGUGGUCCGACUCCUUAGUGGUUUUCUGAACUCACUCUGCCCUGCAGCAGACAAUCUCAGUACGCAUGCAACCUUCAGUGGACCAACAGACCAGGGUGCUGCACUUGUAGCACUGUAGUAGCAUAUUUCAUAGCUUGAUAUCAUCCACGUCACGAUGUUCAAUACGAUUUCCAAUAUGGAGAAUACCUUUAAAGUGGGAGCUGGAUUCAGCCCCACGAACCUAAUGCGAAAAGAAACAGAGAAUGACUUGAAGUACUGUAUGUAGUAGAUCUGUAGAAAUCGGAUGCACACCGAAUGAAUGCCUGAAGAAUGUUUUCGUACUGGAUGUGUUUUAACUGACUGCUAAUGAAAUGUACAAUGUACAAUGUAAUGUCAGCCUUGAAUUAAACUCAAACAAUGACUGAA